CUCUCCCCCUCUCUCCCCCCAGAGGAUACCCGGAGGAGGCGGUGGUGGUGGAGGGGGAGCUGAUGGACGAGCGCCACCCGUACCUCCACGGCAUGUACUCGGCGCCGCUGGCCCAGCCGGAGCGGGGCAGCAUGGCCAGCCUGGACCGCAUGGCGGGCCGCCGCUCGCCUUCCCUGGACAGCAUGCGCAAGGACCCGCGCUGGCGCGACCCCGACCUGCCCGAGGUCAUCGCCAUGCUGGGCCACCCCAUCGACCCGGUCAAGUCCAACGCCGCCGCCUACCUGCAGCACCUGUGCUACGAGAACGACAAGAUCAAGAAGGACGUGCGGCAGCUGAAGGGCAUCCCCGUGCUGGUGGCGCUGCUGGACCACCCCAAGUCGGAGGUGCACCGCAAGGCGUGCGGCGCGCUGCGCAACAUCUCCUACGGCAAGGACCACGACAACAAGGUGGCCAUCAAGAACUGCGACGGCAUCCCCGCGCUCGUGCGGCUGCUGCGGAAGACCAACGACAUGGAGGUGCGGGAGCUCAUCACAGGAACUCUGUGGAACCUGUCCUCCUAUGAGCCCCUGAAGAUGGUGAUCAUCAACCACGGCCUCCAGACCAUGACCAACGAGGUCAUCAUCCCCCACUCGGGCUGGGAGCACGAGCCCAACGAGGACUCUAAGCCCCGGGACGCCGAGUGGACCACCGUCUUCAAGAACACCUCCGGGUGCCUAAGGUAGCCCACCCUGUUCCAA